AGCCUUCUUGGCAGUGCAGUCAAGUAGUCAACAUCAUUCACACCAACAAUGGCUUCUUCGAUCACAUUCUCCUGCCUCUUCCUCUCUCUCCUAUCUCUCUCCACCGCUUUAUCAUCUCUAGAUCUCCACCGCCCAUCUCUGUCCUCCGGUGACGUCCACGAUCUCCUCCCUCGCUACGGAUUCCCCAAAGGUCUUCUUCCCGAUAACGUCAAAUCGUACACUCUCUCCGACGGCGGAGACUUCACAGUCGACUUAAACACUCCCUGCUACGUCAACUUCCCCGGUCAAACCGUGUUCUACGACAAGAAGAUCGCCGGGAAGCUCAGCUUCGGAUCUGUGAAAGACGUCGAAGGAAUCAAAGCUAAAGAAUUGUUUAUCUGGGCAUCGAUCACCGCCAUGAAAUCGGAUCCAAGCUCUGGAGAUAUUGUCUUCUCCGUCGGAUUCGUAUCCAAGUCUUUGCCGGCGUCUAUCUUCAAUAAUGUUCCCUCUUGCUCCAAAAAACUUAGUCUUGAAGCUUAAAUGAAUCAACCUGAAGCUGUAAAAAAAUCCUCUUUUUUUAUAUUGAUUAUGUGAUUCAUGAGAAAAAAAAUACUAUCUUUCGAAUUUGAUUCGAGCUAUAUAUGUAAGACUUGAGAUUUACAAAUCAAAGUAAACAAAAUGUCAAUAAUGAUUGGUAAAACCA